AUGGUUCAUAACAAAGUGACGAUCAUUGGCUCUGGCCCAGCAGCCCACACCGCUGCCAUCUAUCUCGCUCGUGCAGAGAUGAAGCCCGUGUUGUACGAAGGUAUGAUGGCCAACGGUAUUGCUGCUGGAGGACAAUUGACCACCACCACCGACAUCGAGAACUUCCCAGGAUUUCCGGAGGGAAUCAACGGCAGCAAGCUGAUGGAGCAAAUGAGAGCUCAGUCCGAGAGAUUCGGCACCGAAAUCAUCACAGAGACCAUUUCUAAGGUCGACUUCUCUUCGAGGCCAUUCAAGCUGUGGACCGAGUUCAACGAGGACGCGGAUCCAAUCACCACCGACGCCGUGGUGAUUGCCACCGGCGCCUCCGCCAAGAGACUCCAUCUACCAGGAGAAGAGACCUAUUGGCAACAGGGUAUCUCUGCCUGUGCUGUUUGCGACGGUGCAGUUCCAAUCUUCAGAAACAAGCCUUUGGCUGUUGUUGGUGGUGGAGACUCUGCCUGUGAGGAGGCACUGUUCCUGACCAAAUACGGAUCUAAGGUGUACUUGCUUGUGAGAAAAGACCAUUUGAGAGCUUCGACGAUCAUGCAGAAGCGUGUGCAGAACAAUGACAAGCUUGAAAUUCUGUUCAACACGGUUUCGCUCGAAGCUGUGGGAGACGGCAAGUUUUUGAACGGUCUCAGGAUCAAGAACGUCAAAACCAACGAGGAGUCCACCCUGGCUGUGAACGGUCUGUUCUACGCUAUUGGCCACACUCCAGCCACCAAGGUCUUUGAGAACCAGCUCGACACCGACGAGACAGGAUACAUCAAGACCAAGCCGGGAACCGCCCAGACGUCCAUUCCUGGUGUCUUUGCCGCUGGUGAUGUCCAAGAUAAAGUUUACAGACAGGCCAUCACCUCUGCAGGAACCGGCUGCAUGGCUGCUCUCGAGGCUGAGCACUACCUUUCUUCGCUGGAAUGA